AUGCCGGUUGCAAGCCUCCGCCGCCUUUUGAGGUGCUUCUUCUUCCGGCGAACACAGGCAGAGCUCCGAGGUGCCGUGAAGAAGGACGAGGCCUUUGACUUCUUCCUGGCGCCCGACACCUUCCAGCCAGACUGCGGCUUUAAGCCAGGGAGGGAUCCCGCUCCCGCCUGCCACACCCGCUGGCUCAGCGAGCCCGGGAAGGUCCACGCCUUUGCCUGCCAAGUUCGGGUUUUGGAGCCCUCGGAAUGCACCUACUACUGCGCUUGCGGCUUCCAGAGUGGCUACUGUGGCAUCCAGCAGCUCGAGGGCCAGAAGCAGAUGAUCCUCUUCUCCCUCUGGAACCACCAGAAAUCCGCCCGCGUGGAGAACCUCGUCGCCGCCCCAGGCGUGGAUGCCAAGCCCUUUGGCGGGGAAGGGAUGGGCAUGGGUGCCUACUGCGACAAGGGCACUCUGGCAGCCUGGCGCGCCGGAGAGGCCUACCUCUUCGUGAUCCGGUCCAGGGCCGUGGAGUCGGGAUCGGAGGUGAGCUGCCACCUGCACAAGCCGCAAAAAGGCUGGGUGGAGUUCGCAAGGCACCUUCGACCGGAGCCCGAAGAGGACCGAGGGAAGCUCUGGGGCCUUUACAGCUUCAUCGAGGACUUCACUGGCUCCCUGGCAGAUGUAUACGGCAUAAGGCUUUGCGUUGCCGGGCUUCUUUUUGGUGGCCGUCCCGUCAAAGAGUUGUGUGAGAAGAGAGAGGCCAAUUCACCGACGACUGGCUGUGAUGAAAGUGCACGUGGGACAGAGACUCGGACCGGACGAAGAGGAGGGAGGAAGGCUGUGAUGGGUCGCUUCCGAGGCAACUCCGUGCGCCGCUCGGCCCAGUACGCCGCCUGGGUGCAGGUGGAACCUGGAGCAGAAUGGCAGGCUGUCGCCAGCAUCAAAGGCACCAGCUCCGCCGACCUCGACGUUCCCAACAAGUGCGUCCGGUUGGUGGAGUGCGACAUGAAUGAAGGAUGUGAGGUCGUCUGCAUGGAGAGUGGUGGCGGUGCCCUGGCAGACUGCGGCCUUUGCUCCGGAACCUGGCGGGCCCCGCCCGUUCCCAAAGCUCUCUCCGAGCUCUCGGACGGUUGA